UUAGGAAAUGUAUUAUAUUCUCAUCUAACCUUUACACUCCAGUCCACUAGGUGGCAGAAACGCGCCUCAUGCCAACCUUUAUUAAACGUAGCAGAAACUCCAGCCGGAAGUAUACAAACUCACACGUUACAAACACGGGCGAUUGGAUUUAUAAAAGUGUGAAGAACACAUUCACGACGUUUAAUGAAUAAAAAUAGGAGCAGUUGGAAAAACGUUAAAGUUAGACACUUAUAAUGAUGGGAACAUGAACAUUAUAGAUAUAUUCGGUUCUAAUUUGCUCUCCCAAAUGGCAUUUUGCCUACAGUAUCUGCAUUGACAGCAUUAUCAUUUAGUUUUACUUAUAAAUAACAGCGGUGUAGAGCGCUGACUUGUUGUCGUUUAGAGCGGCAAUUUGCGGUUCAGUAAAGACCAGUAAGAAAAUCGCUGUUUAGCAGAUGUUAGUUUAUCUGGUGAAUUUUUAUAAUGUCAUCCUCAGUGAUAGUCCCAGUUAUAGAUGUAACGUUACAGGCAAACAACUUUAAGGAGUUAUGGGCAGCAAUGGUGAUAGCCAUUAAAACAUCUUCAUUCAUCGCCAUUGAUACGGAACUGAGUGGUCUUGGAUCAAGGAAAGCUCUUCUAGCUGAAUCCAUUGAAGACAGGUACAAAGCCAUAUGCCAUUCAGCCCGCACACGGUCCAUACUUUCAUUGGGAUUUGCUUGUUAUAAAAAGCUUGACAACAAAGCAGACAGCACAUACCUGGUUCAGGUUUACAAUCUGACCUUGCUUUGCUCAGAGGAAUACAUCAUUGAACCUCAGUCAGUGCAGUUCCUUGUACAACAUGGAUUUGACUUCAACAAACAAUAUGCUGAAGGCAUUCCUUAUUAUAAGGGUAAUGAUAAAGGAGGUGAUGCCCAUGGGGUAAACCUGCGCUCCUUGUUCGUAGAACUGCUUAGGGCCAACAAGCCCUUGGUGGUCCAUAACGGUCUGAUAGACAUGGUCUUCCUGUACCAGUGCUUCUAUGCCCAUCUACCUGAGCGACUGGGCACCUUUAUUGCGGAUCUGUCCCAGAUGUUUCCCUCAGGCAUAUAUGACACUAAGUAUGCAACAGAGAAUGAGCUGAGGUUUACAGCCUCAUACCUGGAAUAUGCCUAUAAGAAGUGUAAGCUGGAAAAUAGCAAAGCCAUUGCAGGAGGUAGCAAUGGGAGUCAUGUGUUCAUAGAGUUUUGUAAAUAUACAGGCAGCAUGCAGAGCUACAUAGACUACAGGCCGUGCUUGGACAACCAGAAUCAGGAUGGUGCCCUCAACAUCUGUGUUCAGUUCUCUGCAUAUGGAUGGUGUCCUAAUGGCUCUCAAUGCCCCAUGUCACAUGACACAGACCUUAUAAUCCAGCAUGAUGAGAAGACCAGAGAAGACAAGAGGAAGAAAAGGAAGCGCAAGAACAAAAAGAAAGCUUUUCAAGGGCCCUCUGAGACAUGCAGUUCCCCACAGGGCAAAAAGUCGCGCUUUGAAGAGGCCAAGCUGGACCAGGCAGUGCCCAUAUCUGAACCAGCACUCCCUGAACAUCAGGAGAAGACAGCGAGUUCUGAGCCAACAGAUGCUGUGCAUGCGUUUGAAGCUGGGAAAACAGCCAGCAAGAAUGGAAAUGAGGAAUCUCGGCCAGAAGCACCUUCUGAAGCUCCUGAUAGACCAAAAGAGAAGAAAGUGGAAGGAGGAACUCACCGAGCAGGGUUUGACGCUUUCAUGACGGGCUAUAUUUUUGCUUAUGCCAGAAAUCUGACAAAAAACACAGAAGAACCCAGCACUGCUCCCCUUAUCCCUGCAUGUCUCAAUAAACUCUUCCUCAGUGGCAAGUCUGUUCCUCUACAUGUAGCCAAAAGCACCUUCUCCAAGUCUUCAAAGGCUCAUGUGCACAAGAUGGACUAUGUCUGGGGAAAAAGCACUGCUGUAAAACCUGAAGGAACUGCAUAGAAACCUUUGAUUUUCAGAUUUAAAUUUUUGUGUAAACUUUUGUUCAAAUAAAAUCAAAGUUUUUCUACUGUUUUCUGA